AUGAUCCUCAGCUGCUUCACCCAGCCCACGCAGGUCUUCCGAUCCGUCUACGAGAACCUCGCCCCCGGAGGCUACGUCGAGAUUCAAGACCUCUGCGUCGAGAUCCACUCCCCAGACGGCUCCGCCUCGGGCACGUCGUUUGAAAAGAUUGUUGAUCUGUUCAACCAGGGUUCCCUCAAGUCUGGUAUCAGCAUGACCAAGUCCAAAAACUACAAGAAGUGGCUUCAAGAGAUUGGAUUUGUGGAUGUGGAGGAGCGGCUGGCGGAGCCGGGCUUGCCGACGACGGGAUGGCAUGAGAAUGAGAGGGAUAGGGAGAUUGGCGAGAUGGGGAGUGUCUCGAUUCAGACAUUCAUCCGAAAGGGAAUGCCGGCUUAUUUGAGGGCUGCGGGGUUGGACGAGGUUGGUCUCCAGGAGCUGACGGAGAAGGCGGUGGCCGAGUUGAAGAGUGGUGAGGUGAGGGCGUAUUAUCCUUUGUGA